AUGGAUUUUGGUUCCUUCGACUUGGAUAGCAACAACAACGUUCUCAAGUCGCCAUAUGCUCUACCCACUACAACAGCAGCUCAACAGCACCAUAAUACGCAACACCACCCAACUACAACACACGCCAAUGUUGACUUUCUUUCAUUCACACACAAUGACUUUGGCAGCAUGUCACUCGAUUUGCCCUCUCAUGCAUUCGACUCUUACAAUGUACCGCAAUUGACACCUGACGGUCGAGACCAUAGCAACUGCACGAAUAGCAGCGUGUUGACUGGACAAAAUCCAGAUUACACCAUGUCGCCUUUACAGAUAUCAACAUCCAACGCUGGGGCACAUCAUCCACAGGCCAUUUCACUAGAAGACAUGACCAACUUUAAUGAAGACGAGCUACAAGAUUUCCUAAGUCCUUUGGUAUCCCCAGCUAUUGUACCGGCAGCACAUCAUCGUAACAUGGCAACUACUACUACUACUACUACCGAGUCAGCUUCGUUUUCACCAUUGACAUCUCCAGCAUUACAUUCUGUAUCAUAUCAUCAGUUCUCUUCAAAUAAUAAUAUGGAUCAGCAUUUGAACCAGCUCAACUCGGAACAGCUUCCAGAAAGUGUACUUCAACAAAAACUCGCCAUGAUUGAACAACAACAACAAUUAUUACGAUCCGCUCAUCGUCAUUUGCAUCCGGGAACUUCGAAUAGUAGUACCAACAAUGGGACACCAUCAUCAUCAUCAUCUGUCAGCAGUGCCCCUAAUGCUGCUGUUGCUGCCACACAGGAGAUACAACAUUCCCCUGCAGGUGCCAUUUCAUCUCGUAACAACGUGACCUACCUAUCACAGCAACAACAACCAUCAUCAUCUACAGCCGAUAUUGCACCAGCUACACCAUCCUUGUUGAUGAAAUUGGGUCGAGGAAACAAAGCAACCACACCAAGUACGAGCAACAAUAAUCCAACAUCAGCUGUUGAUAAUAUGGGAUCAUUACCUGCUGCCAUGUUGGAUGAUAAGAUCAAGGCCACUGGUAAAAAAGUAGCAGCACCUGCUCCUUCCAAGCGUAGAAAAACAUCAAGGUCAUCUGCUGUUUUCACUUCGCCUGGACUUACGCCUACACAUCACAUGUUAUCGCCCCGACCCACAAGCGAUCCAACCAUUGCAGCUCUUGUAUCACCUGCAGCUUUACGUCCUCAAUUGCCUGGGAACAAUCCAUCAUCAUCAUCAUCGCCACGUGCUUUGAAACCACUCAUCUCUCCUUCCAUGAAACCUAAUGGCAAACGUUUAUCCCCACUCGAGGAACAAGCCGCCCUUGCAGCAUUAGCCACCAAAAGUAAUUAUCAAAACAUGCGUGAAGGAAAUGCAAAGAGCCUUGGCAUCGACUUUUCUUCAAGCUUCCAAUCAGGCGUGGAAAAUAGACGUUCAGCACACAAAGCAGCAGAGCAAAAACGACGAGACAUCCUCAAACAAAGUUUCGAUUCGCUUCGUAAAGAGAUUGCAAGUGCACUUGUGGAGGAAGGUGGUACAUUCCGUAUCCAGGGCAACAACAGCGGCAGCAGCAAUGAUGGACAAAAGGAUAAUACCAUCACCACCACCGCCACUACGUCACCGGCAGCAGCAACGACAACAAUGACCGAGGAGGAGAAAGAAAAGAUGGUCAAGCAAAUGAGCAAAGUGGUGUUAAUACAACAUUCGUACGAGUAUAUCCUGAAACUAAAGGCUGACAACCGACAAAAGGAUGAUCAACUUUCGAAACUCAAGGAUGAAAUCCAAUCGCUGAAACGACAAUUAAAGGGUCUUGCUGACACAUCAACAACACCAACAACAACCUCCAAAGGUGAGGAUAGCAAGCCUGCAGCAGGAGCAUCACCAACAAAGGAGAAAGAGCAUGAAGCAUCAUCAUCGUCAUCAGAAAGCUAG